AUGACCUUCAGCUUCCCUUGCCCUGCUUCAGCUCUACCCCAAAUUCAAUUUUGUGCUGCUCGGGGUGUGGACCACUCGCAGUGCUGCCAAAGUGCAGGUGUUUCAUCGCAGUGUCUCGUGUUUUGUGAUCAGAGACCGGACCAAAGUAACCAGUUGUCGCUUGCUCACCUACAGUGUUUAGAACAAUUCGACAGUAUGAAGGACUGCUUUGUUGAACACGCUAUCACAGAGUACUACCGUGGGAAACAAGCUGCCAUGGAUAACAUGGACAAAGCCUACCAGCUAUGA